GCAGCAGCACCGGGACCCCAAUGGCCUCUCCCAGGACAAUCACCAUCGUGGCCCUCUCGGUCGCCCUGGGGCUCUUCUUCGUCUUCAUGGGGACCAUCAAACUGACCCCCCGGCUCAGCAAAGAUGCUUACAAUGAAAUGAAACGAGCCUACAAGAGCUACGUCCGCGCGCUGCCCAUGCUUAAGAAGAUGGGGGUGAGCUCCAUCAUGCUCCGCAAGAGCAUUGGCACCUUGGAGGUGGCCAGCGGCAUCGUCAUGACGCUGGUUCCCGGGCGCCCCAAGGACGUGGCCAACUUUGUGCUGCUGCUGCUGGUCCUGGCUGUGCUCUUCUUCCACCAGUUGGUGGGCGACCCGCUGAAGCGCUAUGCCCACGCCCUGGUCUUCGGGAUCCUGCUGACCUGCCGCCUGCUGAUCGCCCGUCAGCCGGAGGAGCCAAUGCCGGAGAAGAGGACCCUGUCGGUCAAUGGUGAGGAGCAGCCACUGCUUGCCGAGGAGGCUCCAGAGAAGGGCAAGAUCAAGGUGUCCUAGUGGGGGGCCUAUGAGGGACAUGGACCCUCCCAGCAGCUCUCUCGCGCUCUCUUUCCCAAACACCUAAACAAAGAUCGGCGUUUCUUUUUCUUUUGGUUUUGUAAAGGGUUGCAAUUUGGAGCAUGGGGCGGGGGGGGGGGACUUAGUUUGCAGGCUAACCAAGAACUUGGCUUCUGCACACCAACCCUCUCGAGCUGCUCUCUCCUGUAACCCCCUCCACACGUAGACGUGGUUAAUUUUUCCAAAUCCAGAGAAUAAGUGUUUCUUGUGUUGAGCGUGUGUGUGAAUGAGACAGAUGGCUGAAUUGCUUAAGCUGAGCUGCCUCUGCAACAGCUUGUAUUCUUCAAGGGGGAAAAGGAGCACAGGCGGCCUGGAUCCUGUGAUUUGCUCAC